UCAAACAUGCUCCCAAGCUAGAGCUGUCUCUUCCCUUCUCUUUAUAUUUAUGGCCCUUCGUCCCCUCACAUGACUAUACAAAGAUCAGCAACAACGGUCUGCUCUUGUCUUUCUCUCUCUCUACUCUCACUUUUACGAGCCGAAUGCUUAAAAGGAGCAAAAGAUUCCUCUCAUUUUUUGCAAACAUUCUCUCCUAUACCACUUCCUCUGUGAUCAGAUUCAGAGGCCAUUUCGCGUGCUGCUAACUUUGCCGUGCACUGCACUUUUCCUGCCGCGUCCAUCAAUGGGGGACGGCCUGCGCGAGCUCUUGGUCGACGACCACUGCGAGCUCCGGCACGUGUCGGGCGCCGAGGACCUGUUCAGCAUCCUCGACACGUGGGAGGAGUGCAUGAACGGUGUCGUCGGUGGCGGCGGAGGUGGUGCUUCCGUGGCCGCGGCACCAGCGUUUAGCCAGAGCUGCACCGGGGGUGCUGACGCUGGCGCCGUGGGUGCUAGACCGACGGGGAACAGCCGGCGGCGCUCGGGCGAUGAGGAGAAAUACGGCAGCGGCAGCACCCCGGUGCAGAAGAAGCAGAAGGGUUCGGCGCCAGCACCAGAUGCGGUCGCCGACGAGGGGGCAGCGAAGAUGUCACACAUCGCGGUGGAGCGCAACCGGAGGAAGCAGAUGAACGAGCACCUCGCCGUCCUGCGUUCGCUCAUGCCCUGCUUCUACGUCAAGAGGGGAGACCAAGCGUCCAUCAUAGGAGGGGUGGUGGAGUACAUCAAGGAGCUGCAGCAGGUACUGCGUUCGCUGGAGGCCAAGAAGCACCGCAAGGCGUACGCCGAGCAGGUGCUCAGCCCGCGCCCCGCGACGGUGACGGCGAGCCCGCGCCCGCUCAUCAAAUCGACACCGCCGCUCAGCCCACGGGUGGCGGUGCCAAUAAGCCCCCGAACGCCAACCCCGGGCAGCCCGUACAAGCCCUGUGGCAGGGCCGGCGGCAGGCUCCUGCACCAGGUCGCGGCGGCCGCGGCCUACAUGACGUCGCCGGCCAUGACGCCGACGUCGUCGUCGUCAUCCUAUCCGCACGAUCAGCAGCACUACUCGCCGCAGCCGUACCUGCCGACCCUGGAUAGCAUCGUGACCGAGCUCGCCGCGCACGCCGCCAGGCCCGCGGCGGUCGGGCUCCUCCUCCCGGACGUGAAGGUGGAGUUCGCGGGCCCGAACCUGGUGCUGAAGACAGUGUCGCGCCGCACGCCAGGGCAGGCGCUCAAGAUCAUCGCUGCGCUCGAUAGCCUCUCGCUCGAGAUCCUCCAUGUCAGCGUCAGCACCGUCGACGACACCAUGAUGCACUCAUUCACCAUCAAGAUUGGGAUCGAGUGCGAGCUUAGCGCGGAGGAGCUCGUGAAGGAAAUUCAGCAAACGUUCUUGUGACGCGAAGUAGCAAGCUGCACAGAGAUAUCAAACUGAACUGCAUGCAAGCUCAAACCAGGAGCGGUAGUUUCGGUGCAACUGAGUCCAGCUGUGCAAGCUAGUUAAAGAUCAUUACUUAUUUCGAUCUGUAGCUAUGUGGUACGUUAGGGAUCGAUGGUUGUUGUCUUCAUUUCUAAUGCCGAAUAAUCCCUUUCGAUCUAGACCCACGUACAUACUUCCCCUA